CGAAUGCAAAUGCUUAAUGUAGGCAUAUAGGUGUAUGCGUAUUGAUAUCCAAUAUAUCAUGGACAUAGAAAUACCCACAUGACCAUACAGUCCAUUAAAAACGGUUUGAUGUUAUUGGUAAACAUCAGAGUUUCGAACUUCUCUUCCUUCUUGGGAUUGUAAACAAGUUUCGUUACAUUUGCUGCUUCGAAGCCUGCAUACGAACGUGGACUGUAUCUUUGUGAGAAGUUGAUUCGACCGGGGAGGUACUAUAUGCAUUGACGGCUAUGGAGGAUGAUUAAAAGCCGAUGACUGAUUUGUUGAAGACAAGUUUAGAUCACGAUGUCUUGAUGGAGUCAUUGUAUCAUCAUGAGGCGAAUGUUCAUGUACUAGCAGUAAUGCGCUCAAAGUGAAGGCAUUUGUUAAUAAAUAUGAAGAGAAUUAUCGACUUGGAUUUCAUAUAAAUUCCAAGUAGCACGACAGAAAGACAAUACCCCAGGAUACUAAAGGUCAGGUCAUCUUCCCACGACUACGGAGGUGACCAAGCAUGUUGAGGACCGUCAAGAUGAGGACUAUUAUUGCUGUGUUCAUCAUUUCUUUUCUACAACUGGCAGCACUCAGCAGUGCUAAUACCACGACAGCCUGUUAUGUGGGAAGAUUCUUACUGCAGGAGAACUGCACACCAACUCAGUACAUACUGAUCCACUCGGUCGAAAGCCAAGAAGUUAGCAACUGCAGUGAAAACAGCUCGAAUACUCUGUGGUCAAGAAGCGGUCUCGCAGUCCAUUUUGCCUGGGAGUGGUGUAACCUGCAAAGGGAAAGAUGUACAAAUGGAACCCUGCCUAACGCUACCUACUUAAGAAUGAAUUAUACUUGCGUGAAUGACUUAUCUUCGAUACGGCGGUUCAACAUGUGCCUAGACCUAAGCGAGGUGAUAUCAACUCCAGUGUACCUGCAAAGCCCAAGAUAUCCAGGCUUUUAUGGCUACACCAAGGGAAGAAACUGCACUUGCUCUAUAUCAGUAUCUCAAUACCAAACCCCCGGCGACUUCUGGUUGACACUGUAUGACAUGUUCACCCAGCUGCCCGAGACACUGACUUUGAAAUUGAGUAAUGGUACAAGAAAAGAAUUAACCACUGUUGCCGAUAAUGAUUCGGGAUAUAUACUGAAUCAGGAGACAACAGACAUUUCCUCUGCUCUCUCUGUGUCGUUUGUUCCCAGGUUUCCAGGGCAAGGACGCUUUUGGAUCGGAUUAGAAAGUACAGCUCCUCUUAACAUAUCGAUAACCUGCAAUGAAAUUUCGGGAACAUCAACGACCUCACCACCUGCCACUCCGACAACGUCGGUGACAGCAAAGAGUACGCCAACGACGGCAACUAAUGAAACAACAACACCGACCACAAAAACAACCACAACUAAUGAAACAGCAACUACGGAGACAACAGCGACGACAACUAAUGAAACAACAACACCAACCACAAAAACAACCACAACUAAUGAAUCAGCAACUACGGAGACAACAGAGACGACAACUAAUGAAACAACAGCACCAACCACAAAAACAACCACAACUAAUGAAACAGCAACUACGGAGACAACAGCGACGACAACUAAUGAAACAAAAACAACUGCAACGGCGACGAAUACGGACACAACAAUGGUGACAGGGACUCCAAGCUCAGGAAAACCGGCUGCUAUCGUGAUGGCGGAAGACGACCUAAAAACCAUCUACAUUGCGGUACCUACUGUGGUCAUAGCGAUCAUUAUCAUCAUAGUUAUCGUUGUCAUCGUCACGAAGCGGCAGAAAUCAAACCACGCCAAGUUUGAAGACACGGUUAGGUUUAGUGUCCCAGACUACGGGGUGGAGAGUCUGUACGCCAAGGAGAACUUCGCCAUGGAUAUGGUUGACAAUGAAAUCUACGAAUCACAGGAUAGCUUAGGAAAUGGUAGCCUAUCGGGGCCCGUGUCGUCGCACGGAGUGGGUGUUGCCUUCGGUACGUUCAAAGGUGAGAAAGUUCGCCAGACGUCAAAUGAGGAAUUGACUGACAACGGAGAAGUGAAGGAUGUACACAGGGGGAUGAGUCCGCUGCCCAGGUCUGUAACAUUUGGUGGGGAGGAUUUAUUGUUAGGGGUCGGGGCUGCAGAUCCCUCUGACGGUGGCGAAGUGAUUUAUGCCCAGAUCAGCAAACCUAAGAAAAAUAAAAACCCGGAAGAUGACCGAGUUCAGGGUCAGACUUCCAUCCUAAGACCUAGCCAUUCAAAUGAACGCCAAGAUCAGCUAGUGUCCGAUUCAAAUCCGGUUGAAAAAGAAACAGACUACUCAUUAGCAGACGAUUUUGAUGACCCGAACAAGUACUUUGAAUAUGACGUUGGUUCAAGGUCAAAUGAUGGUGAAGAUGCUGAUGAUGACUAUGCAUAUGCGUACGCACGCAGCUGCAGACGAGGGAUAGGAACCUCUAAACGACGUGAGCCACAAGAAAGUCUACGCAUUUACGACGACAUAGAAAGCGAUGAUUCUGAAUUUGCUGAGUCGGAUAUCGAUGGAGUCUUUCGGGAGGCUAUUGAACCUCAAAUUGAGCUCAACGGUCAUGAAACUGAGUGUGCAGACGGGAUUACAGACUAUGACGAGCAGGACUUGGAGGGCCAGAAGCACAGGAGGGAAAUUGACGAUAUCAUACAUGUGCAAAGAACUGAUCUUUAGGUAGGAAGUCGCGGGCGUCACAAACAUGCAGCAAAGGAUCAUCUAAAAAUAGGUCAAAACCAGAAUAUAUUACUUUCUAAAGAGAGACUAAUGUAAGAACGACAUAAUCUAUUCAGAUGUGUACAGUCUAUUUCUUUAUUAUUCUCAUGGCACAUUGAAUUUAUAUUUCAAUUUUCAUACAAGUAUCGUUGCACUGACCUUGUAUGUUUUUUAUGUGACAAUAAUAGGCUCCGUAGCCCUCCGUAGCCCUUUGCAGCCACAAUAAAGAAUUUAAUCGAAUUAAGCUGCUGGUCACUGACGGAAUUCAAAAUUGUAUUCCAGAAUUCGUUCAUAAUGCCCCUUUGAUUAUCCUUUUUCCCUGAUGACCCACCCCCCUCCAGCAUAGUUUUUGUACAUGACCAGGUUUCCAGGCAAACGGCUCCAUCAGGAAUGUAUUUUUAUUUAUUUAGAAAAUUAAAUUAUUAUUUCAAUUUUUGCACAACGUUUAAGAAUGUAUGUGUGUUAUUAUUCAUUUUUUAGCUCUCAUUAUGUCAUCUGUCGCCAGUUCUAACCGGUUGGCAACUUGAGUUCUUCCCUCAAGAAAAAUGCCUCCAAAGAAAUUUGUAUUCGACUUUUCAAUUCGUAGUUCACGCCUGCAGGCAACUUAAUUUGUAUACUGUUAACCAGACAAGCUACAU